AUGAAUUGUAUGGUAUAUAUUAAGAAUAAAAAUAAAUGGAAAGAAAUUGAUUACGCUUGUUGUUACAGUAAUUGUAUAAAUACAAACAACCCAAUUGGUAGUUGUAUUAAAGGAAAUGGAUUUGUUAAUAUAAUUAAUGAUGAAAAUAUUAAAUAUUUGAUGAAGAAUGACGGUUAUGAUAAUUUUGUUCGUGUUUGUGCAAAAAAUCCAUUCAAAAAUCCACGAAAUUAUUUUAAUUAUUCUUUAUAUUAUUUUGAAAUUAAAUGUAUAUUUGAGGACGAGUUAGAUACUUAUGGAAAAUGGAUGCAUAUUGGUCUUGAAAAUUGUAAUACAAAUAAAAGAAUUAGAUUUACUGCUGAGAUUGCUACAGUUUAUGUAGAGAAUUAUGAAGAUUUUGAAAUCAAAGAUAUUUCUUGGAAUGAUAACGACAUCUUUGGGUGUGGAUUAGUUUAUCCCCCAACUAAUAUGUCGAAUGAAUUUCCUUAUGUCUUCUUUACUCAAAAUGGAAAACAAAUUGGUAAGGGUAUAUUAUUAAAGGACAAUUUCGAUUCAUGCAAACCAUUUGUUGCACUGAGACGUUGUUCAAUUGAAGCUAAUUACGGAAACAAUUUGGAAACUAAGCCAUUUAAUUAUGAUAUUACAAAACAUUUAAUUCUUAAAGAAUUUUAUUGA